CUCAUAGUCUAUAAGCCUAUCGCAAGCUCUUCUACUGCGUCGCCUUCCCUUCAAUGGCUUUAAUAUUUAAUCAACUUCGAUGUUUGCCACAAGCACCCGCACCGGCACCGGCACCAGCACUAGCACCAGCACCGGCUUCGACCGACACCAGAAACAUCACCAGCGGCAACACCCAAAGCGGCAACGCCACCGCCGGCAAUGCCACUAACACCAACUUCACUGCCGUCGACUUCUCCAAAACCAACUUAACCGGCGUCAACACCCAAGGCAGCAACGUUGGCAUUGGCAAGUUCACCAGCGGCGACUUCUCCGGCUGCAACUUCACCAACGGCAACACCACCAACAGCUACACUACCGCCGGCAACGCCACCACCGGCAACACCACCGGUGCCAACAUGUUCCGUUACUAGUUGGUCAAGCUUCCAUUAUAAACAAAAAGGAAAAUAAUUCCUAUGUUGCAUUUAGAAGCUUGUACUAUCCACGAUAAGGCCAGGCCAAUUAUCAUAUGUGUUAGAUGUGUGUGUACUUCUAAUAUAGAAGUUUGUUUUAUGAACAAUAAGGCUUGUAAUCAGAUAUAGGUCAUGUUAAGAAGCAUGUAUGAUCUACGAUAAAGCCAAUUAUCAAAUAUGGUGUGUUGUAAGGCCAAAAAUCAGAUAUGUUGUAUUAUUUGGAACAUAUAUUGG